AUGCGCAGAAAAUCUGUCGAGUGUUGAUUACAUCACAAAUAUUUGCACUGGUACACGAGGAGUAGAUGAGCAGACCAGUGUCGCUGCUAAGUCUUGUCCAAAGUUAAAAUUAUGGGGAAGCAGAAAACAAAGAAGUUUGCUGCAAUGAAGAGAAUGAUCAAUCUAAGAGAUCAAAGAAUUAAAGAAAAAGACCGUGCAAAAGCAAAGGAAAAGAAGAAGAAAGAUCCUUCAGAACUUAAAGAGAGAGAAGUGCCAAAGUACCCUUCAUGCCUGUUCUUCCAGUACAAUACUCAGCUUGGUCCACCAUAUCACAUUUUAGUUGAUACCAAUUUUAUCAACUUCUCCAUUAAGGCCAAACUGGAUAUUGUGCAGUCAAUGAUGGAUUGCCUAUAUGCCAAAUGUAUCCCAUAUAUCACUGACUGUGUGAUGGCUGAGAUUGAAAAGCUGGGGAUGAAGUACAGAGUUGCACUCAGGAUAGCAAAAGACCCACGGUUUGAGCGCCUGCCUUGCUCACACAAGGGAACAUACGCUGAUGACUGUCUAGUGCAAAGAGUAACACAGCACAAGUGCUACAUCUUGGCAACUGUGGACAGAGAUCUAAAGAGGAGGAUCAGGAAAAUACCCGGUGUACCCAUCAUGUACAUCUCAAACCACAGGUACAACAUUGAACGGAUGCCUGAUGACUACGGUGCACCAAGAUUUUAAUAUUUCUGCAACUCAGCCGGACCUGUAAAUAGACUGAUUGUUCUGUUAAAUAUUAUAUUCUUUGCAUAUUCACUUUUUAAUUUUGCUGUUCUGGUUGAAGGUUUUGUCACAUUUUCUGCUUUGAAUUGAAUAAAGGAAUUAUGGCAGUG